AGAGUGAAAAAAAAGAGAAAGAGACAGAGAGAGAGAGAGAUGGCCUUGCACCCAGAAAAGAGAAGAGUUCUGACACCAUCACAGUACGUUCCUUUCUCAACCCUGGAUACGGUUCAAAAGCAGCUAAAGUGGACAAGAAUCUGGGGCAGCCAGAGUUGUACCACCUGCCAAAGCUUGGCACAAACAAUCUGGAGGGCAAAAAUUGCACAUACUAGAUGAUGAAGGUGAAGGAGGAGAAGGCUGGGGUGGGAAAGCUGGACCCUACUAACUACAGGAGGAGAUAUCUGGAUCAGAAAGACUGCCCUUCUAUCCACAUUGGGUUUCCAGUUCCCAGUUACCCACAAAGAAAAAUUGACCAGAAGGGACAUCUUUCAGGCCUGCAAAACGUCCGCUGGGGCCUGAGGCCGGAAAAGCCACAGCAGGAGCUGACUGGCCCAGGGAGCCAGGCAAGCAGCCGGGACAGCAGCGUGGAUCUCAUCAGCAGGACUCGGUCUCCAGCUGCUGAGCAGCUCCAGGACAUCCUGGGGGAGGAAGAUGAGGCUCCCAACCCCACCCUCUUCACAGAGAUGGACACUCUGCAGCACGACGGAGACCAGAUGGAGUGGAAGGAGUCGGCCAGGUGGAUAAAGUUUGAAGAAAAGGUGGAGGAAGGAGGCGAGCGCUGGAGCAAGCCCCACGUGUCCACACUGUCCCUGCACAGCCUCUUCGAGCUCCGCACCUGCCUGCAGACGGGGACGGUGCUCCUGGAUUUGGACAGCGGCUCCCUGCCACAGAUCAUAGAUGAUGUCAUUGAGAAGCAGAUCGAGGAUGGGCUCCUGCGGCCGGAGCUCCGGGAGAGGGUCAGCUACGUCCUCCUGAGGAGGCACCGUCACCAAACCAAGAAGCCCAUCCACCGCUCCUUGGUCGACAUUGGAAAGUCAGUCUCCACCACGAAUCGCAGCCCCGCCCGGAGCCCUGCGGCCGGCCCGAGUCUCCACCACUCCACCGAGGACCUGCGGAUGCGGCAAAGCGCGGAUUACGGCCGUCUGUGUCACGCCCAGAGCAGAAGCAUGAAUGACAUUUCUCGAACCCCAAACACAGACCAGCGGAAAAACAAAUUCAUGAAGAAGAUCCCCAAGGACUCAGAAGCUUCCAACGUGCUGGUGGGUGAGGUGGACUUCCUGGACCAGCCGUUCAUCGCGUUCGUGCGACUCAUCCAGUCUGCCAUGCUGGGCGGGGUGACUGAGGUGCCCGUCCCCACCAGAUUUCUGUUCAUAUUACUGGGACCUUCCGGGAGAGCAAAAUCUUACAAUGAAAUUGGCCGUGCCAUCGCCACCCUCAUGGUAGACGAUCUCUUCAGCGACGUGGCCUAUAAAGCCCGCAAUCGGGAAGAUCUGAUCGCAGGGAUUGAUGAGUUUCUGGAUGAGGUCAUUGUCCUUCCCCCUGGAGAAUGGGACCCAAAUAUCCGAAUUGAGCCCCCCAAGAAAGUGCCCUCUGCCGACAAGAGGAAAUCUGUGUUUUCCCUGGCGGAGCUGGGCCAGAUGAACGGCUCUGUAGGAGGAGGUGGCGGAGCGGCUGCCGGAGGCGGCGGCGGUGGUGGUGGAGGAGGAGGUGGCGGCGGGGCUGGCGGCAGCGGAGCCAGUGGAGCGAGCGGCGGGGAUGAUGGAGAGAUGCCAGCCGUGCACGAAAUCGGGGAGGAGCUUAUCUGGACAGGAAGGUUCUUCGGUGGCCUGCGUCUGGACGUCAAGAGGAAGCUGCCCUGGUUCCCAAGUGACUUCUGUGACGGCUUCCACAUCCAGUCCAUCUCUGCCAUCCUAUUCAUCUACCUCGGCUGUAUCACCAACGCGAUCACCUUUGGUGGGCUCCUGGGGGAUGCCACCGACAAUUAUCAGGGAGUGAUGGAGAGCUUCCUGGGCACUGCCAUGGCUGGCUCCUUGUUCUGCCUAUUCUCAGGACAGCCUCUCAUCAUCCUCAGCAGCACAGGGCCCAUCCUCAUCUUCGAGAAGCUCCUCUUUGACUUCAGCAAAGGCAACGGCCUGGACUACAUGGAGUUCCGCCUCUGGAUUGGCCUCCACUCGGCCGUCCAGUGCCUUGUCCUGGUGGCCACGGACGCCAGCUUUAUCAUCAAAUACAUCACCCGCUUCACCGAGGAGGGCUUCUCCACCCUCAUCAGCUUCAUCUUCAUCUACGAUGCCAUCAAGAAGAUGAUCGGUGCCUUCAAGUACUACCCCAUCAAUGUGGACUUCAAGCCCGACUCCAUCACCACCUACAAAUGCGAGUGCGUCGCCCCUGACACAGUGAAUACAACCGUGUUCAAUGCUUCAGCUCCGCUGGCACCGAACACCAAUGCUUCUCUGUACAACCCCCUUAACCUCACAGCGCUGGACUGGUCCCUGCUGAGCAAGAAGGAGUGUCUGAGCUAUGGCGGGCGCCUGCUCGGGAAUUCCUGCCAGUUCAUCCCAGACCUGGCGCUCAUGUCCUUCAUCCUUUUCUUUGGGACAUACUCCAUGACACUGACCCUGAAGAAGUUCAAAUUCAGCCGCUAUUUUCCUACCAAGGUCCGGGCCCUGGUGGCUGACUUUUCCAUUGUUUUCUCCAUCCUGCUGUUCUGUGGGAUCGAUGCCUGUUUUGGCCUGGAAACCCCUAAGCUGCACGUUCCCAGUGUCAUCAAGCCCACGCGGCCUGACCGAGGCUGGUUCGUGGCCCCCUUUGGGAAGAACCCGUGGUGGGUGUACCCUGCGAGCAUCCUGCCCGCCCUGCUGGUGACCAUCCUGAUCUUCAUGGACCAGCAGAUCACAGCCGUCAUUGUCAACCGGAAGGAGAAUAAGCUGAAGAAGGCUGCUGGCUACCACCUGGACCUGUUCUGGGUGGGCGUCCUCAUGGCCCUGUGCUCCUUCAUGGGGCUGCCCUGGUACGUGGCCGCCACGGUCAUCUCCAUCGCCCACAUCGACAGCCUCAAGAUGGAGACGGAGACCAGCGCCCCGGGGGAGCAGCCCCAGUUCCUGGGGGUCAGGGAACAGAGAGUGACAGGCAUCAUCGUCUUCAUCCUGACAGGAAUCUCCGUCUUCCUGGCUCCCAUCCUGAAGUACAUCCCCAUGCCGGUGCUGUACGGAGUCUUCCUCUACAUGGGCGUGGCCUCCCUCAACGGCAUCCAGUUCUGGGAACGCUGCAAGCUCUUCCUGAUGCCUGCCAAGCACCAGCCAGACCACGCCUUCCUGCGGCACGUGCCCCUGCGCCGGAUCCACCUCUUCACCCUGGUGCAGAUCCUCUGCCUGGCGGUGCUCUGGAUCCUCAAGUCCACAAUGGCUGCCAUCAUCUUCCCAGUCAUGAUCCUGGGCCUCAUCAUUGUCCGAAGGCUUCUGGACUUCAUCUUCUCCCAGCAUGAUCUGGCCUGGAUUGACAACAUCCUCCCAGAGAAGGACAAAAAGGAGACAGACAAGAAGAGGAAGAGGAAGAAAGGGGCCCUUGAGGACUGUGAUGAGGAGCCCCAGUUCCCUCCUCCCUCAGUUAUAAAGAUUCCCAUGGAAAGUGUCCAAUCAGAUCCCCAAAACGGUAUCCACUGCAUUGCCAGAAAAAGAUCUUCCAGUUGGAGUUACUCACUCUGAUUCUUCCUUCAGUGACUCAGAACUCGAUCGCAGCAUUACCUUGCACUUCCAAAUCUCCUGUCCAGCUUCGCCUGCCUUCAACUACUCGCGGAGCCCAGUGUUCAUGGUGCCACAGGUGAAGAUAGAGAUGGAGUCAGACUAUGACUUCACAGACAUGGACAGAUAUGGAAGAGAAGCUGAUGGCGAGACCACCCUGUGAGAUGAAGCCGCUUCUCCCUGAUCAGGGAUACAGGGAGGGCCUGGUUCAGUCUUAACUGGGAGAGUCUUGACUUCUCUGUGACUGUUUCCUUCUUUACCAAACAGAGGGACUCCUUUUGCCUGAUAGAAAAUUGGAGAUCUGUCAAUGUACUACACAGGUGCAAAGCUCUCCUCUCCUCUUCCCUUUGUAGUUACUAAAACACCUAAAGCUAAACGUUAUACCUUAUUUUAAAAUGCAGUCCAGCAUAGAAAUUAUAACAUUUCUUUUGAAAUGAAAAAAUGUUUGUUUCCUAAAACCAUAGCUAAGAUAAAUGGGCAAUAGUCAAUUUAUAUUUAAAACAAAUAACACUUUGAAAAUUUUUUAAAGGUUAGAUUUAAAUCUAAAUGGUCUUAAAAUACCCUUACAUCAACAGACCAUGGUUGGAAUUUUUGUUUUGCAGUUUUGCAUAUUAAGAAAUGCUGAAAGGUCCAAUCUUUUCUGUCCAUUGCAUUCAGUUUUCUAAGGGUUGUACAAAAAGUUUGAAGCAUCUGCAUUAUGGUUCAAACUAUAAUGGUUCAAACUUCAUCUGCUCCAGAAGUGUGAAUGGGGCUUUCCCAGAUUGAAAAGUCAGUUCCAAAAAUCUGUUAAUGAAAGAACCAAUGCAUUUGAGUGGAUAAAUGUUUUUAAAAUAAAAUAGUUCUUUGUUAAAGUGAAAUUUCAAACCACUUGUGAAAUCAACAAAAUGAUCCUUUAAAUUAGUAUCACUGGUUUUUCAUAGCUGGAAUCACAUUUCUUUAUGCAUUUGGGUAGGUCCUUCCUGCAAAUUUUCAAUGCUGAUUCCCAAAGUCAAACUCCCGUUCUCACCAACAUUACAUGGUAAGCAGAGCUAACGUCACAUUUUGGAAGAUUGUAACUUUGUCAUGUUAAUCAAACUAGUACUUUAAAGGAAUGAUUAGAAGCAAUUUGGGUAGAUUAAAAAUCAGUUAUUAAUGAAGCAAAUCUUUUCCCAAUGAAACUGAAGAUCAUUUUAUCUUCAAUCCACAUUUAACAAACACCAACCAUGUGUAUUUAACACCUACUAUGUGUCUGAUAACCACAAUGCAUCUGACAUUUACCUUCUCCAAAAUAACUACGGAUUUGAAUCUUGAGUAAAUCACUUUGGUUAUAGUUACUACAUUUACUCAAGAUGACAAAUGCAGGUGCUUGCUUUUUUAAAGAAAAAUGACACUUGAUCAUUAACACCUUGAGUACCAGGACUGAUAAUUGCCUCUGUAAUCCCCAGAGCCUAGUAUAGUGAGUGCCUGGUCCAUAGAAAGCUCUCAAUAAGUAAGUAUUUAUUAAAUUUAAUUUCAGAGCUUCCUUCCAAGGGAUACUGCCAAGAGGUAAAGCUCUAAACCUCUACCACCCCUAUGAUAGCAGUAUUACUUAGCUGGUCACUAACCCAGAACCAUCUCCUGAGCUUAAGUAUAAAUGCUUUAUUUUCAUCUGCACCAAUCCUGGGAGAGCUAACAAUCUACCCUUAACAUUUCAGCUCUAAAAGCUGGCUGAUUUGGAAAAGCACUUUGUCCAAAUCAAAGUGUAGAAAUAUUAUGGAUUCAGGAAUAAACCUGCUUGAUUAAUCAAACAAGCUAGAAAACUACCAUGUUAAUUUUGUUAUUGUUGUAAUCACUGUAAUUUUUACAUGUCAUUUAUAUUUUGUAUACACAUGAACAUUUUAAAUUCCAUUGCUUUUAACAGGUUCACAUAUUAUUACUUCUCCAUGCAAUAAGUCAGUAAUUUUUUCCACUUGUAACUGCAAUUUAAUAAAAUGUAAUCCU